CGAGUUAAAGUUGCCUGGCUGGAUCAGAGUUGAACACGAUUAUUCGGAGGAGGAUGCGAUGACAGAGAUGGCCGAUCUCAGCGUCUCCCUGUCCUUCCUGCUGGGGAUUGUAGUUUUUAGCGAAGUGUCGAGGAGAACGGCUUGGUAUCUAUUCCCAAAUCGAAACUGGGUCAUCUAUGCGCUGGAGUUGAUCUCCACUUUUCAGCUGUGCGCAUGCACGCACGAGUUAAAACUGCUCACGGAGAUGCGCGGACUGGAGCCAGGGAUCGCGCUGACGCUCACGUUCCUCAUCUCGGUGGUGCACGGACUUUCAUUCCGCAGCGCGAUCUGUAACCCGACCGGCGCUCUGGAGCAGCUCUACUUCGGGACUCUGACGCGGAGAUGCGCACUGACGCGGAUCUCAUGCCAGCUGAUCGCGGCGGAAGCGGCGCGGCGCGUCAUGCCUCACGCGUGGGCGCUAGCGCUGUCUGACCUGCACGCGCAGCACUCGCUGACGGGCUUUUCAUGCACGAACAGCCCCGUUAACGCGCCUCUGCUGCAGGCUGCCGCGGUGGAGCUGUGCUGCGCGUUCGUGAUGCACACUGCGGCGUUUAACAUAGAGAAGGUGGAGGAGAUCUAUCGCGUCCCUGCGAUAGCUGCUGUCAUCACUACAUUAGUCUAUGCAGGUGGUCAUCUCACUGGCGCUGUGUUUAACCCAGCACUGGCCUUCUCCAUACAGUUCCCCUGUCCUGGGAACAGUUUUGCGGAGUACAGUUUUGUCUACUGGAUUGGACCAAUACUAGGUAUGACAGGCUCUCUGCUGCUUAUUGACAAAGUGAUCCCUGCUGUUUCAGGGAAAAGCACAAUUCCAAAGCACUUGAACUCUAACAGACUCGAGACGAAAAAGAUGAAGUGAAUUAAGCCCUUAUGACAGACAGACUCUGAUUGCAUAUGUGAUUAUAUACUGUCAAUAUACACUGUAAUUCUCCAGCUCAUCUCCAAGUAUUGAACAGGGUCUCUGCAGAUUUUAAAAGGUCUUAAUUCGCCCUUCUCAAGGUCUUAAAUCAGAACAGAGUCUUAAAUUCAUAACAUAAAUGUUGGAUGCACAGGACAAAUGAAUGUCUUCCUCAGUAUUUUGUCUUGUAUCGCUAAUACAAAUAUCUGAACGUCCUUAAAUCAAGAUAUAGCUACUUGAGAUGCAAACUGAACAUAUGAAAUCUCGUUUUCUGAGAAUUAACAAACAUCAGUCAAUGGCGAAUUAAAACUUUUACAUUUGAAUUAAGCUGAUAUUUCUAAGCCUACUAGCCGAUACUUGUUCGUUUUAAUCAUAAACUAAAUGAUCAUUUUGAUCAAUUUCUCAAAAAACCCAACUGUAUUUAGUUAUUUUACUAAUCCAAUAAAUGUAUCUUGAUAUGAAAAUCUUAAGACAUUUGCACUAAUAUUGAAAACCAUAUUGAAGUAUUGUGUUCCAUUUUAAGAGUUUUUUUUAAUUUGUAUUUAUUUUCAUGAAAGCUGCAGAGACUCUGAAUAACUAAACUGAAUGGUCCUUAAUCUUUAAUUUUUUUAGGUUUUUGAUUAAAUGCUUUCAAAUUGUCUUAAAUAUUGUUUUUAAAUAAGAACAUGCAUAUUCAUGAAGCACAAUGAAUCUGUAAUGACAUAAAGCUGCCGGUUUACAGCAACAUUCAUAAAAAGCACAAUCAACUGUAAAGGAGUUUUGUUAAAUCAUAUUUUGACAUUCCUGGAAUAAGAGAGUUCUAUCGCUGUUAGAUUUCUAUUGUGUGUUAAAUUCUAUUAGCGAUGGUUCUUACCUAGUAAUAAGUAAAUGUCAUAGUAGUACUAGUGAUCUUAAACACAGUUUUGCAGUGCCUUUUGGUUAUUCUGGGUAAAAUAACCUGGGAAGACCAGACGGGAUCGAGUGCAAGCCAAUGCAGGAUGUAUAAUAACACACUACUGUUUUACCAGGAUUUAAAUAAAGCUGUGAUAAAAUCUGUUUGUAAUUAAACUUUAGA